CUAGCUACAGAUUCCUGUGUCGAAGGGGGCCACCUCACCAGAGGGGAAGUUUGAUGUAAUAACAGCAGCGUGUGAUUAAGAAACAUGUGACUCUGAGUUUUGCAAGGUUGGAUAUUCUUCCAACAGGCACGAAUCUCUCUCUCAUUCCUAACCGACCUGCAGUGGGACCGAGUGACGCUAACAGGAAAGCAUCCGAAGGUUGCUGCUUAUCAACCGUUGGGACCCAAAGAUUACACUGUAACGAGGGUGUUCACAAAGUGGUGUAGAUCGGCCUUGGGAUGAGAGAUGUGUACCUAACCUGAGCACAGGGAAGUAUUAUCCAUAGAUACCGACUGUAUCAGAACAUAGGAUGUCAUUGGAGAUGUUGGUGGCUAGAAUACCAUGGGAGACAGAAAAUUUGGCAGUAUUUCCAAUCGCUUCACAAGCGCAGACCACGAGUAACCACGCCAGCCCAGGACCUUCACAUCCGACUUCUUCACCUGCAGGAUCAUCUGAGACCAGCCACCCGGACAGCUGAUGAAGCUGAGGAGUAUUUCUGUCUGUAAUAAAGCCCCUUUGUGUGGAAAAAAAUCAUUCUGAUUGGCUAGGCUUGGCUCCUAAGUGGGUGGACCUAUGCCCUUCCGGGCCCACCAAUGGCUGCGCCCCUGCUCAGUCAUGUGAAUUCUAUAGAUUAGGGCCUAAUUUAUUUAUUUCAAUUGGCUGAUUUCCUUCUAUGAACUGUAACUCAGUAAAACCGUUGAAAUUGUUGCAUGUUGCAUUGUGGGGACAGUUACGUAUAUUGAUUACUCUGAGACGCAACAAGGCUGACACCAGGUGGUCUUUGAGACAAACUGCAAUCUAAUAUAUUUUUGUUCAGCAUAGAUUGCAUAUUUCUUUCUAAAUAAUAAUUAUAAUAACAGCUCUUUCACUUAAAUAAAUACAUGUUCAGAUUGCAAAUGCACCUGAAAGUAGGCUACUAUUGUUUUUAUGGUGGUAAAAAUUAUAUUUAGCUGAUGCAGUACUUAAAAAAAAAAAAAUGUAUCUUAUGGAAUGCCUUAUCCUAUAUACUAAAAUGUUUAUGCAUCGGUCUGUGAAAAGAAGAAGUGCGAUUAUGGUUGUGUUCAAACACUUCCUUCCCCAUCCUUAAAAUGACACAAUCAUUUACAUGUAUUACUCAAAUAGCCUAGUGACAUUCUGACUUAGAACGUGGCCGGUAGUUUGUUGUUUGUAGUCCUAGUUUGGGAUUUCAAUAGUGAAUCUAUAGUUGCCACAUCAGUAGAUACCUAUUAUAAAGGAACAUGUUUAUGAUGUUUGGACUUCUGAUGAUGUCAGCAGAAGCCUCUUAUGGCAUGGAGACAUACUGUAAUGCUACACAGAACGUGUCGUGUUACGGAGCUCUGGGAGGAACUGUCUAUCUCCAGCUGAUGAAUGACGCCACAGGAUUUGAACUUACAUUUAAAAGAAACGCCACUGAUGGUAAUACAGAGAUAUUCAAAAUGAAACAAAAAAACGUAACCUAUAAAUUAAUUGAAGCCAGAUCAGAGUUCUUUAUCAAUAAUGGGACAUUUAAAAUGAAUAACACAGAGUGGAGAGAUUCUGCUGAAUAUCUUUUAGAAAUCCACUUUUCAAAUGGAACUUACUUGGACACUAGAGGAGUACAACUGACCAUUGGAGGAGGAUCUUAUGGCACUGUCAUAGGGUCACUAGUAGCUGUGGUCCUGGUCCUUGCAGUGGUGGUGGGAGCUUACUGUAUUCGCAAGAGGAGGAACCCUCCACAGGCACCAGAUGCUGAUGAGAGUCCAGAACUGGAAUGUGAUAACAUCACUAUUCUAAAGAAGACAGAGAAACAGAGAGAGGUUCCAGAGGAGGUGUUGUAUGGACAGAUUGUAGUGCUGGAGGGUGCCAGACCUAACACUGAGAGAGACAGACCUGAGGGGCAGGAGGAGACUUUAUAUGCUGGAAUACAGCUUGGCCAAUGAGAGCUGCAUGUUCGAAGGGUUGGUCUUUAGAAGUUGUACUGAAGCCUUGUUUCUCCAUUUGUUACUGUAACGAAUUGGAUUAACUUUCCCAUAUUACUGUUUAUAUUUCAUGACAUUCAAUGUUGCGGGUUUGUACAUUCUUUACCUGAAUAAAUAACCCAACAAAU